AUGGGCAAAUUCAAAUGGAAGAUUGCUUUGCGAGGCCUCAAGCGCCCUGUCAGUCCUACGAAACAUGCCACAGUUGCUGACCCUUCUCCCAGUCGUCAAGGUUUCACUCGAGCCAACACCAAAUCCAACCAAAACCUCAAGGCUCAGUACAACAAUGGCCAAUCUCAAUCUCCCAUCUCACAGCAAGCCCCUCCUCUUCCUCCUCUGACCAAUUCGCCCUCCAUCUCAUCCACAUUCAGUGAGCAAAGUGGUUAUGUCGAACAAGAGCCCAAGAAAUUCCUGAAUGAGAAAUAUGCCAAGUGCUCGGUCAAGGGGAACUUCCUCACACUCGCUGCACAGCCGAAGAAUGUCGAGCUUGGAGAAUGGCUAGCCCAUCAAUUGGUCGAGAUGAACCGACUCCUCACCGGCAUGAUCCAAGUCAUCCAGGAGGUUGACACCAACACCGGAUUGCCACUCUGCAAUGAGCAGCAAUGUCCUACAAUGUCUGCUGGGCGUCUCACUUACACCUGGCUCGAAAAUGGCCGACCAGCCAAGAUCCCCGCACCUCAGUACAUCGUCCGGGUUCAACGCUGGAUCGUUGGCAAAAUCCACGAUGAGAAGACCUUCCCUACCGCACCUCCACCGACUGUUGACCAAACCUCGUACAUGUCCGGAGACACUGGCGCUGCCACACCCUCGGCCACCACGCCAAUUGCUGCGCCCCCUACCAACCUCCCCUUAACCACUCUCGUGGGUGCUCAAGACGAAUGGACCGGAAAGUCAUCAGGCUUCCCUCAACACUUCCAUGCGGACGUCAAGGCGAUUAUCAAGCAAAUGUUCCGCUGCUAUGCGCACCUCUAUCAUUGUCACUUUACCGAUCCAUUCUGGCACAUUGGUCGUCACGCAGAAUUGAACAGCUGCUUCGUCCACUUCUGCACGGUCGCAAUGUACUACGACCUGAUCAGCAAGAAGGACAUGGAGCCAUUGCAGGGCCUCAUUGACAUCUUUGUGGCGCAGGGCGUCAUCCCGAAAGAGGCUGUCCAGCAGCAUGUUUCCUAG